GUAGGGCAUUGAAUUUUUGUGCAACUACUAACCAACCAGAGCUCUAUAAAUUGAUGACAUAUUUUAAUACUUUAUUUCAUUUUUACAUUAUUUAAGAACCUUUUAAUGCAAAAUGUGAGGGGUUUUAGUUGAAAUUCAUAUUGAAAACGAAUUUGCUACAGCGACCCAAUGUAAAUAAAACCAAACCAUGACCUUUCCACUUUUAACAAAGCUUCUCCUGAGUGGGAGAUAGUUAUGUGGGAGAAUUUAUGCUCAGAUGUCCAAUCAGAGAAGCUGACAGAACGUGGUUACAGGGGAACUGAAUGUGAAAAAAGAUAUAAGAAAGACUUGACUAGACAUUUUUUUUAUGAUUAUUUUAUAUGCUAAUUUAAAUUGGAAUUAAACAACAUAGGAGAACAACCAUUAACCGUAUCCUAUUUAUUUUUAAACUACCGAUUGGUGGCGUGAUUGGUGUUACGGAGAGGUUUCAGUCAAGUUUUCUUUUACAGGUCAGGCAAUACACAGAGCCUAGAUUGAUGUGUAUGGCACAAUAAGCAGCCACACCAUGAGUGGGGAGCCUGAUGCGUUGGCUAUCGUGAAUCAGCUGCGGGACCUGGCAGCUGACCCCCUCAACAGGCGAGCCAUUGUCCAGGAUCAAGGAUGCUUACCAGGCCUUAUUUUAUUUUUGGAUCAGCCUAACCCUCAGGUUGUCUACUCUGCACUUCUGGCUGUGCGCUAUUUAGCAGAAUGUCGUUCCAACAGAGAGAAGAUGAGAUGCGAGCUUGGCAUGAUGCAGAGCCUAGAGAAUGUGAUGAAAAAAACAACGACACCUGGAGAAACAAAGUUGUUGGCCUCAGAAAUCUAUGAAAUCCUUAAGUCUUCCAGCAACGCAGGGACAGACCAGGCUGAACAGGCCAGCUACAGACGCAAGACUCAGUUCUUCCUUGGAGCCACGAACAAGCGUGCCAAAACUGUGGUUUUACAUAUAGAUGGUCUUGAUGAUGCUGCCCGUAGAAGUCUUUGCGAAGAGGCAUUGCUGAAGAUUAAGGGAGUCAUUAGCUUCACAUUUCAGAUGACAGUGAAGAGAUGCAUUGUUAGGAUCAGGUCAGAUUUAAAAGCUGAGGCACUUGGCACUGCAAUUGCUUCAACCAAAAUAAUGAAAGCACAGCAAAUAGUAAAAGGUGAAGAUGGAGAUGAGGUCAUGAUCUCUUUUGAAGAAGAUGCCCCUGUCGAGGUUGAGCAGAACACAGACCUGCCUGAUUAUUUGCCGGAGGAGGAAAGCCCCUCGAAGGAGCUGGACAAAGCAGUUUCCCGCGUGGGGACCAAGCAGGACGCAAGCGGCUGGCUCAACACAGCAGCAAACUUUUUAACCAGGUCCUUCUACUGGUGACGGAAGGGUUAGGCCGGGAGCAACUGUACAUUAUUUAGAAGUAGCUGGGUUUCCUUUGGAGCGAUGGACUGCCUAGUGCAAUUUGCAAUAAUAUAUUGCUGUGCGUUUAGAUACUCACCAUACACUUCUGUAUCUAUCUAGCUAUCGGUAAAUAUGCUGCAUUUGUUUUUUUCUCUACUAAGAAUUUAUGCUGUCAACAAAAUGCACAGUUAUUCUAAAUUUGCCUUUUUUUUUUUUUCUGUGCCCUUUUUGGUUAAUAACUGGUCCAUAUUUGUAACCAAAUAAAAUGGCUUGUGACAUUGAAGAUUUAUCACAAGGAUUUUUGGGGGAAUCUAAAAACAUUACCCAGGGCGCUACUUUUUCCUGUUUUACUUAAUUGAGGACCUAGAUACAUAAUGCAAUUUGAAGGGUGUUUUUGUGCAUGAAUUAUAACCGCUCUGUUUUGUUUUGAUCAGCCUUUCCUCAUUUUACCAAUGCUUUGAUUUACCCCAAGAGUAUUUACAAACUGCAUUAUAUUUUGUUGCUGUUUGGAUUGGUCAGGCUGUACUGUAUUUUAAUGUUUAUUGCUGUCUGCCUUUUUUGUUUUGU